AUGGGUGCCAAAGACGAAACAAUCAGUCCAACGACAUUCUCAAACCUGUCUGAUUCCAGCAAUACUCGCUCGGGGACCGACAACAGCCCCGAAAAUGACAUUAUAGACGGGGCACACGAAAAGGAUGCCGCAACUACAGAUGUAACACCGGAUACAGAUGCAGUAGCACGUCCUACAGGCCCUCCACCGAUCUCCAACGCCAAAAAGGGUCUUAUUGCCGGUCUGCUAUCUCUUUCCGUGCUUAUUGUUGCUCUAGAUCAGACUAUUGUGACUACAUCCCUACCCGACAUUGUGGCCGCUCUCAAAUCGUCGUCAGGAUACUCCUGGGUCGGUGCAGCAUAUACCCUGGCGUGUGCCGGUGUGUUGCCUGCUUACGGUCGAUUUGCAGAUAUCUUUGGACGAAAAAUCACCCUCAUGGUGGCCAUUUUACUAUUUAUUUUGGGCUCGGGAAUCUGUGGAGGUGCCAGCUCGAUCAACAUGUUGAUUGGAGGCAGAGUGGUGCAGGGACUCGGAGGAGGAGGCAUUUCGGCACUAGUCAACAUCAUCAUCUCUGAUAUAGUGGCACUGCAUCAACGAGGAGCGUUCAUGGGCAUGUUGGGAGCCACCUGGGCUAUUGGAGGAGCCAUUGGGCCGUUGAUUGGAGGAGCUCUAACCCAAAAUGUCAGUUGGCGGUGGUGUUUCUACCUGAACCUACCUAUUGCCGGCUUCACCAUGUGCAUGCUAUUCCUUCUACUGAAGAACAACAAGGGUUUGGAGUACGAGAAUGAUACUCGAACUGUGUGGCAGAAGCUCUUAAAGAUUGACUUCUGUGGUAUCAUUCUUGUUGCUGGAGCCACUGUUUUACUUCUUCUGGCCCUUGAUUGGGGAGGAACUACCCACCCUUGGGGGUCAGGCAUCAUUAUCGCCUUUCUGGUGGUUGCCUUCGUGCUCUACGGCAUCUUUCUUACUCUGGAGUGGUUUCAGGACCAACGGGAAAACUACCCUCGACCAAUCAUGCCUCCCAGCUUGUUUGCCAACAAGACCCGACUUGGAGGCUACCUCUUUACCUUCUUCCACUCCAUUGUUUUCAUGUGCAUUUCUUACUUCAUGCCCUUCAUGUACCAGUCCGUCUACGGCAAGAGCCCCAUGGGUUCGGCAGUCUACUUGCUUCCACAGGCCUUUGUCACCGGUGGACUAUCUGCUGGAGCAGGUAUCUUCAUUGCAAAAACGGGCCAUUAUCUGCCUGUCAUGUGGAUCUCCAGUGUUAUUAUCAUCGUCUUUACUGGAAUGCUGAGCACUCUGGACGAGACCUCCAACGUUGGCAAGCGAAUCUGUUACGUAAUGGCUUGGGGUGCUGGUAUUGGACCUGUUUUCCAGGCACCUCUAGUGGUCAUUCACACCCAGGUUGAACGUAAGAACAUUGCCAUUAGUACCACAACCUGGAGUUUUGUGCGUAUGCUGGGCAUGUCCAUUGGUAUUUCCAUUGGAGGUGUGGUGUUCCAGAACCAGAUGGAGGACCAGAUCAGUGACCCGGCCAUCAUCCGGCAGCUUCCCGAGUGGCUCCUGGAACCUCUGUCGGGAACCAAUGCUGCUGCUGCUACCCAGAUGCUCAACAAUAAAGGGUCAGAUAUCAGUGCCCAUGUGCUCAGUCUGGUGCGAUACAUGUACUCGCAUGCAUUCAAGUACGUCUUUUACACCUGUCUGGGUCUCUGUGGAGGUUUGUUGAGUGUGUUGUUGAUUGGUAAGCACCAGGUCAAGAUGAGAGGCGAUCUGGGCAAGAAGGAAAAGCAGGAAAAGAGAGAAGCCGAGAACCGGGCGCUGUCAGAACAGCCGGGAGAAUCAGUUUAA